UUUGUGCGCUGGACGACGUUUGUGACCAGUGAGAUGUGUUGUGUUUACACGUGCGUCGUUUUUAUGAAGCCAUGUCUAUCACAUCACUCAACUUCACUUAAUACCUGUAUGCCUGCUAAGUAGAAGUUUUUAGCUGCUAAUAGCUUUAAACUCUAGUUUUAAUAGUUGCCAAUAAUUUGUAUACGGCACGUUACACAUAUUUUUGUGGGAAAUGGUAGAAGUAUAUGUGGGCUCCGUGGCCUAGACCAAGUGACUUGUGUCUCAGAUAUACUCAAUAUAUUCCUUCUGCACCAUGAAGUCCGGCCCGAAUAUACUUUUAACAGGAACGCCAGGAGUGGGCAAGUCAACAUUAGCUCAACUACUGGCUGAACGCUCUGGCCUGGAAUGGAUCAAUGUAGGAGACCUGGCAAGGGACAAUAAUUUUUUUGAUGGUUAUGAUGAUGAGAGAGAUUGCCCCAUUCUUGAUGAAGAUAAGGUACUAGAUGAAAUGGAAGAUAUGAUGGAGGAAGGAGGAACUAUAGUAGACUACCACGGAUGUGACUUCUUCCCAGAAAGAUUUUUUGACAUUGUAUUUGUGCUGAGGACUGACAACACCCUCUUGUUUGAUAGACUUGCUUCCAGGUACCAUAUUUUUAAGUGCUCUUGGGGUUACCAGGGAAAGAAGCUAGAGGAUAAUGUUGAGUGUGAAAUAAUGAAUGUAUUAAGAGAUGAAGCAAAGGAGAGUUAUGCCGAACACUUGGUGCAUGAACUUCCAUCCAACACUACUGAAGAUAUGGAGAGCAACCUUGAGAGGAUAUUGUUGUGGAUAGCUGCGUGGAAAAGGGAUAAUGGUUGUUGAUGAAAGCUUCCCUUCACAGUGUUGUGACCAAACACACACAAUGUGUAAACAAGUUAAAGGUAGCUUUAUACUCUCCCUUAACUCCAGUCUCUGUUUAAACUCUCUUCAAAAACAUACAGACAGUUGAAGUGUUAAAUGUUAUUAACACUGAAUACAAUUUGUAAUUGUUUUUGUUGUCUGGGUUGACUGACAAGAUCUUCAGAAUCCACCAAUGUUUUGAGACUAAAUCAGUCAUCAUAUCUUUGCCCAGCAAUAAGUCAUAAGAUUUCAAGAACAUCUUGGCUUUUUGAACUUGACAAGAAAGCAGCAGCAGUAAGAGAUGUCUUUUACGCCUUGCUUUAACUACAGUAUUCUCUGACAAAGACGCUGCUAAAUAGUCUAUCUGCCUUGGUGCCUUCUCUUACUAAUUAUGUUUACUGCUUCUGCAGUAUAAAUAUUAUAUUAUUAGUGCAUACAAGGAGUACUGGUAAACAGCUUGUAAAAUUUCACUUUACAUGGGAUGACAACUUAGCCCAUAGACUGCUGUCUAAUUAUUUUCGUAGAUUGAGUCCAUAAGUUCAUCAAUCUUUCUCUGAUCAACAGCAUUGACCCAAGAAUCAAUCAUUUGAUGAAGCUGCAUUAGAUGUCUGGCUAAUUCAGAUUUGUUAAGAAAAUGUUCUCAAGGGAAUUUUGCUGUAGGUUUUGAUCCUGUUGAUGAAAGGAUAGACUGCAUACCACGGUAAUACAAGGAUAUUUUUUAUAAGGGCUUCAUGGCAAGUUAUUCUUAUUUUUCAUAAGCAGAAAAGGCUAGUGAAGCUACUUUCAGUCUUUGCUGCAGGACUUAACUAUGUUUUGAAAAGACAUUAGACUAUUUGUGCAAUAGUGAUUUAGAAUUCAAACUGAUCCUGCAUGACUUCACUUGGCCUUCAGUAUAUCAGUGAGUAAGUUAAAAAUUCUUCCAGUUAAUAAGAAGAGAGAUAAGAUUGUUGCCUUCAUCUUGUAUCUGUUUAUAGUUAAAUAUAUAAUUAAAUUGUUAACCAAAUAAUAAAUGCAUGCACAUAU